AUGGGGAACCGGGGCAUGGAGGACCUGAUUCCCCUUAUUAAUAAACUUCAAGACGCGUUCAGCUCCAUAGGACAAGCUGCCAACCUAGAUCUGCCCCAAAUAGCGGUGGUCGGUGGGCAAAGCGCAGGGAAGAGCUCCGUGUUGGAAAAUUUUGUCGGAAGGGACUUCCUGCCGCGUGGAUCAGGCAUCGUAACUCGCCGACCGCUAAUUUUGCAGCUUAUCAACAAUAAAGCAGAAUAUGCCGAGUUCCUGCACUGCAAAGGAAAGAAAUUUGUGGAUUUUGAUGAAGUGCGUUCGGAAAUUGAAGCGGAGACCGACCGGAUAACAGGCUCCAACAAAGGCAUUUCUGCCGUCCCAAUUAACCUGAGGGUCUACUCCCCGCACGUGCUCAACCUGACGCUAAUUGACCUUCCUGGAAUGACGAAGGUUGCCGUGGGAGACCAGCCUCAUGACAUUGAGUUUCAGAUCCGAGACAUGUUGAUGCAGUUCAUCACCAAAGAGAGCUGUCUGAUCCUUGCUGUGACCCCCGCCAACACUGACCUGGCCAAUUCAGACGCCCUGAAGAUUGCCAAGGAGGUGGACCCCCAGGGAACGCGUACCAUCGGUGUCAUAACAAAACUGGAUCUUAUGGAUGAAGGGACAGAUGCAAAGGAUAUUUUGGAAAAUAAACUUCUUCCGUUGCGUAGAGGUUACAUCGGCGUUGUGAACCGCAGUCAGAAAGAUAUUGAUGGAAAGAAGGACAUCCGUGCAGCUCUGGCCGCUGAGAGGAAGUUCUUCUUGUCCCAUCCUUCGUACAGACACAUAGCAGAGCGCAUGGGGACGCCUCACCUUCAAAAGACACUCAACCAGCAACUAACAAACCACAUCAGAGACACGCUACCGGGACUGCGCAACAAGCUCCAGGGUCAACUGCUGUCCCUGGAGAAGGAGGUGGAGGAGUACAAAAACUUCAGACCAGACGACCCCACACGCAAGACCAAAGCUUUACUGCAGAUGGUGCAACAGUUUGGUGUGGAUUUUGAAAAAUGCAUCGAGGGCUCUGGAGACCAAGUGGACACCAAAGAACUGUCUGGAGGCGCCAAAAUCAACCGCAUCUUCCACGAACGCUUCCCUUUUGAGCUGAUCCGGAUUGUGUUUGAUGAGAAGGAGCUCAGACGGGAAAUCAGUCAUGCAAUCAAGAACGUCCAUGGUGUCAGAACGGGCCUGUUCACUCCAGACCUGGCGUUUGAGGCCAUCGUCAAAAAGCAGAUCGUAAAGCUGAAAACUCCCUGUAUCAAAUGUGUCGAUAUGGUCAUUCAGGAGCUCAUCAACACAGUCAGGCAGUGCACCAACAAGCUCAACUCUUACCCCAGACUCAGAGAGGAGACAGAGAGGAUCGUCACCACUCACAUCCGAGAAACCGAAGGAAAAACGAAGGACCAGGUUCUGCUGCUGAUUGACAUUGAGUUGUCCUACAUCAACACCAACCAUGAGGACUUCAUUGGUUUUGCUAAUCCCGAGUACCGGAGGCUGGACGACGGUAGCAGCCCAGGGUACCCCAACAGCAGUGCCCAGCAGAGGAGCACAGCAGCGAACAAGAAGAGGCCAAUGCCCAACCAGGUGAUCCGGAAAGGCUGGCUGACCAUCAACAUCAGCAUCAUGAAAGGAGGCUCCAAAGAGUACUGGUUCGUGUUGACCGCGGAGUCGCUGUCCUGGUACAAAGACGAGGAGGAAAAAGAAAAGAAAUACAUGCUUCCUCUGGACAACCUGAAGCUCAGAGAUGUAGAGAAAGGCUUUAUGUCCACCAAACACGUCUUUGCCAUUUUCAACACAGAGCAGAGAAAUGUAUACAAGGACCUUCGUCAGAUUGAGUUAGCCUGUGAGUCUCAAGAGGACGUGGACAGCUGGAAAGCCUCUUUCCUCAGGGCUGGAGUUUACCCAGAGAAGGACCAGUCAGAGGUUGAAGAAUCGGCUCCUGCGGACACAUUUUCUAUGGAUCCCCAGUUGGAGCGACAGGUGGAGACGAUCCGUAAUCUUGUGGACUCGUAUAUUGGCAUCAUAAACAAAUCCAUCCGCGACCUCCUGCCCAAAACCAUCAUGCACCUCAUGAUUAACAAUUCUAAGGACUUUAUCCACUCGGAGCUGCUGGCCUACCUCUACUCCAGCGGGGACCAGAACAGCCUGAUGGAGGAGUCUGCGGACCAGGCCCAGCGCAGAGACGAGAUGCUGCGGAUGUACCACGCCCUGAAGGAGGCGCUCACCAUCAUCGGAGACAUCAGCGCCACCACCAUCUCCACGCCGAUACCCCCGCCCGUCAACGAUGGCUGGAUGCAGAACUCCAGUCCCACGCCUCAGCGCAGGCCGCCUCCCGUCUCCACGGCUCCCCCCAGUCGGCCUCCUGGAGUCCGGGGUCCAACUCCUGGUCCUCCCCCAAACCCCUCUCCUCCGUUCGGGGCUCCUCUGAACCCCUCGCCAGCUUUCGGAGCGCCCCCCAUCCCGUCCCGCCCCGGCCAGCCCAUGAAUGCCUUCGACCCCUUCAGCGCCCCCCCACAGAUCCCCUCCAGACCUGCCCGCGUGCCCCCAGGCGUGCCCAGUCGAAGACCUCCGGGUGCUCCUUCUCACCGGCCCACCAUAAUCCGCCCCGCUGAGCCCUCCCUGCUAGACUAG